GGACCUUCUUUCUGUCACAAAUUGUGUGGUUAAUGCCGACUGUUUGUGAUUUUUGAUAUCAAAAUCCUAUAAAAUAGGACUCAUCGUUCAAGAAUAAUACAUAAAAUUCAUCAAAAGCUGUAUAUAGAACCAUGGCGGAUAAAGCUGAAGAACAAGUUAAAAAGAAGAGGACUUUUAAAAAGUUUACGUUCAGAGGGGUUGAUUUGGAUCAACUUUUAGAUAUGCCAAAUGAGCAGCUCAUGGAACUGAUGCACUGUAGAGCGAGAAGGCGCUUCACACGCGGUCUUAAACGUAAACCAAUGGCACUGGUAAAGAAACUCCGCAAAGCUAAAAAGGAAGCUCCACCUCUAGAAAAGCCAGAAAUCGUCAAGACUCAUUUGCGUAACAUGAUCAUCGUUCCCGAAAUGGUUGGUUCUAUUGUCGGUGUUUACAACGGUAAAGCUUUCACGCAGGUUGAAAUUAAACCUGAAAUGAUUGGACAUUACCUCGGUGAAUUCUCUCUUACCUACAAACCCGUUAAGCAUGGUAGGCCUGGUAUUGGUGCCACUCACAGUUCUCGUUUCAUUCCUCUCAAAUAGAUCAUAUUUUUAUGUUAUAGAUUAAUUAACAAUAAAUUUAUUUGAGAGAUUUUUGCUA